AUGAAAUUUUCAACAAUCUUUGCUCAAGGUUUAUUAUUAUCAGGUAUUAUCGCCUCCCCAGUUGCUGACCAAGUUGCUAUCCCAGUUGCUGAUUCAGUUCCAGAUUCAGCUGGGUUUAGUGUUGUUUCUUCACUUCCAGAUCUUGAUUCCGAGAUUUUAUCUAAUGGUGAUGAAACUUUAAUUCAGAAAAAGAAUAAAGAAAAAUUAUGUUUUGAUACUGGUAAAGAUAAAGGAUGUCACUUUGGUAACUUUCAUAAAUGUGUUCCUUAUUACACCACGACUCUUCAACUUUCAUGUCAACAAGGUGAUGCUACAUUGAGAAUGGCAUGUCUUGCACAACAACCAACAAUCGCUAAUCAAUAUUGUGGUUUCUGGUGUGCAGAGAUAAAGACAAUUAAAGAUUGUGAAAAUGCCAAUAAGAGAACUGGUCUUUCGUACAAUUGUAAAAAAUUUGAUUAUUGUUAA